UUGCCCCAGUUUGCCUGAGGCUUGACAGCAGUGCAGCGACACCUGACUCCGCUUUCCCAACAGCAGAGUUUGGACAAAUAACAACUCUAAUUAUGAAGAAAGCCAACAGAAACUGUUUUUAUGACUUUACCGCUAAGCUAUUGAGCGGCGAUACGUUACAUUUCUCCAAACUCAAGGAGAAGGUCGUGUUGAUUGUCAACGUCGCCUCCCUCUGAAGCCAAACCAGCAGGGAUUACCACGACCUCAAUGACCUCCAGAAGAAGUUUGGCAAAUUUGGGUUCCUGGUCCUUGGCUUUCCUUGCAAUCAGUUCGGCCACCAAGAAAACAAUUCCAACAAUGAGAUUCUAAAAGCCUUGAAGUAUGUACGUCCGGGUGAAGGCUUUGAGCCUAAUUUCUGUAUAACUGAAAAGACAUUUGUGAACGGCGCAGACACAAAUCCAAUCUACCGUUUCCUAAAGGAGAAGUUGCCAGCGCCGUGUGAUGAACCAAACAUCUUAACAACCAAACGUGAACAUAUUAUUUGGGAACCGGUCUGUCGCAAUGACAUCUCUUGGAACUUUGAGAAAUUCCUCAUCUCGUCAAAUGGAGAGCCAUUCCAGCGUUACAGUAACAUUUUCCCUACCGCUAACAUUGGGAAUGACAUCAAAUCUCUUCUUCCACAGAAAUCCAAAAAUAUGAAACGAAAAGGAGAGAGAUGUGCAAGCCCUGUCAGAAAAAGGGCUCACCGCUGAAAUUAAUGGACUUCAUCCUUAUGCAUUGCUGUUAGGCAUGUUAUAACAUGAUGGUGCUUUUUGAAAUCAUUUGAAGCAAAGAGUACUUGAUGCAGUCUGUAAAAGUCUAACCUGCAAUUACAUAAUCUGAAUGAAAUAUUGUGAAUAAAUCUUUUAUGACAUAAAACUCUCAUCAAUUUAACUACCGUAUUUCCAGGCAAUGAAGACCCACCUGCGUCAAAGACGCACCCACAAAUUAGGUUGCUAAAUUUUGAAAAAAGGAUAGCGGGACAGGAUCAAGGAUUUGGUUUAGUCCAGGGGUCGGCAACAUCGCCUGCAUGCCCCGGGACUGGCUUCAGUUCCCAGAUCCCUCGUGUCCCCGGGACAAGCUGCAGUUCCCAGGUCACCUGCCCCGGGACUGGCUGGAGCACCCAUGGACUAGUAGUGAUAGAAAGGUAGAUAGAUAGAUAGAUAGAUAGAUAGAU